AUGUUACCAACGCCGGCAAAGUUUCAUUACGUGUUCAAUCUUAGAGAUUUAUCAAGAAUUUGGGAGGGAAUACUCACUAUAAAGAAAGAAGAGUUACAGUCUAUUAAAACUGCUCUCAAACUCUGGUUCCACGAAUGCUUACGAGUUAUUUCAGAUAGGUUUACAACAUUCGAAGAUAAGGAUUGGUUUGUAGCCAAUUUUUGGAAGACGGCGGCCGCGGAGUUACCGGACGUGGUCCACGAAUUUCCUGAAGAUGAAACAUUCUUUGUCAACUUCCUCCGAGAGCCCGUCGAGCCCACGGGCGACGAGGAGGAGGAUUUCAGCACCGAUGCGCCUAAGAUAUAUGAGGAAUUGCCUUCAUGGGAGUUCGUUUUAAUGAAACUGGGUCAGUUCCAGGAACAGUUUAAUGAGCAAAUACGAGGCGCUCAUUUAGAUCUUGUAUUCUUUCACGACGCAAUGGUCCAUUUAUUCAUAAUAUCUCGCAUUAUAAAUACCGCGCGAGCGUACAACGUAAAUAAUUUUAUGGAUGAUAUAAAGAUACUAUACCGAAUAGCCGGACUCCAGGGACAUGGCGUAUCGUUCAUAUUUACUGAUAAUGAUAUAAAAGAUGAGCAGUUCCUCGAAUUUCUGAACAAUAUUUUAAGUUCAGGGGAAAUCGCUAAUCUAUUCCCUAAAGAUGAAAUGGAUGAAAUAUUAAACGAGUUAACACCGAUAAUGAAGAAAUAUGCACCAAAGAGGAUACCAGUACCAGAUGUGUUGUAUGAAUAUUUCAUUAUGCGCUCGAGAGCCAACUUACACGUCGUCCUUUGCUUCUCUCCGGUCGGUGAGAAAUUCCGCAGCAGAGCGCUAAAAUUCCCCGGACUAAUAUCUGGAUCUACGAUGGACUGGUUCCAAAAAUGGCCGAGAGAAGCAUUAAUAGAAGUAGCCCAUCAUUUCCUUUGGGAUUUUAACGUGGUGUGUUCAAACGAAAUAAAACAGCAGUUGAUAGAAAUAAUGGGCACGGUGCAAGACAACGUGGCGGACACCUGCGCCGCGUACUACGAGAGGUUCCGGCGCCAGGCGCACGUCACGCCCAAGUCUUAUUUGUCUUUCUUAGAAGGAUAUAAGGUUUUGUAUAAGGAGAAACAUAUGCACAUUGCAGAACUAGCAAGAAGAAUGACAACUGGAUUAGAUAAGCUUGUUGAGGCAGCUGAAAGCGUAGACAUUCUUAAAAAAGAGCUUGAAGUUAAAGAACAGGAGAUAAAGGAGGCUACGGCUAAAGCGGAAGAAGUGUUAGCAGCAGUAGCGGAUUCAGCAGCGGCCGCGCAAGUGGUGAAGGCAGAGGUGCUGGUGGUGAAGGAGCGGGCGGUGCGGCUCGUGGGUGUCAUCGCGGCGGAGACGGCCGUCGCCGAGGACAAGCUGGCCGCGGCGCGCCCCGCGCUGGACGCUGCUGAGGCUGCUUUGCAGACUAUCAAUGCAGCUGACAUAGCGACGGUAAGAAAAUUGGGAAAACCGCCAUAUCUUAUUACCUUGAUCAUGGACGCUGUCAUACUUCUCUUCAGGAAACGUAUUGACCCUAUCAGACCUGAUCCUGAAAAACAAUUCUUGACUGCUUCUUGGGCUGAGUCUUUAAAAGUGAUGGCAGACACUAGAUUUUUAAAUAAUUUAAAGUUUUAUCCUAAAGACGAAAUCAACGCGGAAAUGAUUGAUUUACUACAACCUUAUUUUGGAUUCAGUCAAUAUACAUUUGAAGCGGCUAAAAUAGCUUGCGGCAAUGUUGCCGGUUUAAUAUCAUGGACUAUCGCAAUGGCCCAAUUCUAUUCUGUAAAUAAGGACGUACUGCCUUUGAAAGCAAACUUAGCAGUGAUGCAGGGCAAGUAUCAGGCUGCUAAGAGGGAGUUGGAACAUGCUGAAGCUUUGUUAGAGGCGAAAGAGCGUGAAUUAGGCGAAGUGCAGCGUCAGUUCGAAGAAGCAAUGACAUUAAAGCAAGCGGUACUCGACGACGCGGCCAAGUGCCAGCAGAAGAUGGACGCCGCCACCGCACUCAUCAAUGGGCUGAGCGGGGAGAGGGUACGAUGGACCGAACAGUCUGCUUUGUUCAAAUCCGAAAUAGAGAGACUUAUUGGCGAUAUUGUGCUACUUACUGGAUUUUUAUCAUACACUGGACCAUUCAAUCAAGAGUUCAGAAUCCUCUUGAUUCAAAGCUGGCUUCAUGAAUUAUUAAGGAGAAAAAUACCAGUAUCUAUGAAUUUGAGCAUUACCGACCAACUGACAGAUGCUGCUACGAUUGGUGACUGGAAUUUAUGUGGCUUACCAACCGACGAAUUAUCAGUGCAAAACGGUAUUAUUGUGACGAAAGCGGCUCGUUUCCCCUUACUCAUUGAUCCUCAAACACAGGGGAAAAAUUGGAUCAAAAAUAUGGAGAAAUUUAAUGAUUUAAUCGUUACGACACUUAAUCAUAAAUAUUUCAGAAACCAUGUAGAAGAUUGUGUGUCAUUGGGAAGACCGAUGUUAAUCGAAGAUGUCGCUGAAGAACUUGAUCCAGCUCUAGAUAAUAUUCUGGAGAGAAAUUAUAUUAAAAUUGGUUCAUCUUUCAAAGUAAAAUUGGGUGAUAAAGAAAUUGACGUGAUGGCAGGUCAUAAAAUUUAUAUAACAACUAAACUACCCAACCCAGCCUAUACACCGGAAAUAUCGGCGCGUACUUCCAUCAUAGACUUUACAGUCACGAUGCAAGGUCUGGAAGACCAAUUACUAGGACGUGUGAUAUUAACGGAGAAGGCUGAGAUGGAAGCUGAACGAACCCAGUUGAUAAUGGACGUUACGGCAAAUAGACGUAAAAUGCAGGAAUUAGAAGAGAAUUUGUUGCACAAAUUGACUACUAUACAAGGGUCGCUAGUUGAAGACGUGUCUUUGAUUCAAGUGCUGAAUAUCACAAAAGCUACUGCUACUGAGGUCAAAGAAAAACUAGACGGGGCAAAGGAAACAGAACAAAAGAUAAACAUAGCACGUGAAGAGUUCAGACCGGUGGCGACUCGCGGCUCUGUGCUAUACUUUUUAAUCUGCAACAUGUCGCUUGUAUGCAACAUGUAUCAGACAUCUCUGGCACAGUUCCUGGAGAGGUUCGAUAUAUCAAUGGAACGAUCGCCGCAAAGUCCCAUCACGUUUAAGCGAAUUGCCUUUAUUAUUGAAUACUUGACUUAUGACGUGUGGAAAUAUAUUAGCAGAGGAUUUUAUGAGAAGCAUAAAUAUCUUUUCACAUUGCUAUUAACUCUCAAGAUUGAUCUGCAAAGAGAAUAUAUAUCGUAUGAUGAGUUUCAGACAUUUAUAAAGGGUGGCGCUGCACUUGAUUUGAAUGCGUGUCCUCCGAAACCGUUUAAAUGGGUAACUGAUAUGUCCUGGUUAAACUUAGUACAAUUGUCUGGUCUGCGGCAAUUUACGAAUAUACUUGACCAAGUUACGAAUAAUGAAAAAGGCUGGAAGAAUUGGUUUGAUAAAGAGGCUCCCGAGGACGACCCGUUACCGGAUGGAUAUCAUACACUCGAUGUGUUCAGGAAGCUGUUGAUGGUCCGCUCCUGGUGCCCUGAUCGAGCGCUUGCACAGAGCUUGAAAUAUGUGAUAAGUUCAAUGGGAACAAAGUUUUCUGAAGCUGUCAUUGUGAAUUAUGAGCAAAUGGUGAUCGAAUCACGCCCAUUAGUGCCCCUAAUUGGUUUUCUCUCUAUGGGCUCGGAUCCAACGCCAUCGAUCGAACAAACUGCCAAGAGGCUUGAAUGCCUUUGUUCUUCAAUAUCUAUGGGACAGGGUCAGGAAGUACAUGCGAGAAAAUUGAUUGACCGGGCAUUGAAAGAGGGCUUAUGGGUUUUACUUCAAAACUGCCAUUUAGGCUUGGAAUACAUGGUAGAAAUUAUGGAGCAAUUUGGUGAAUUAGAGAAGGAGCCGGAAAAGGUUCACGAAACUUUCAGAUUGUGGAUUACUACGGAAGUUCACGAUAAAUUUCCAAUUACCCUUUUACAAAUGUCCAUUAAAUAUACUUGCGAGCCUCCAUCGGGUAUAAAAGCUGGUUUAAUGAGAACUUACGAUUCGAUGAGUCAAGAUUUCCUAGACUACAGCGAUAGUCCAUUCUAUUUGCCUCUCAUAUACACGAUCUCGUUCCUUCACACCGUGGUGCAAGAGAGACGUAAGUUCGGGCCCUUGGGGUGGAACAUUCCCUAUGAGUUCAACUCGGCAGAUUGGCUCGCUUCGUGUAUGUUUGUCCAAAAUCAUCUGGAUGUACUAGAACCUGGUCAGCAGGUUAGCUGGACUACAGUACGGUACAUGGUGUCUGCCGUACAAUAUGGAGGGAGAGUGACGGAUGAUUAUGACAACCGCCUCCUCGAAACGUUCUGUAGAGUGUGGUUUACGGAGCAAUUGUUCUCUGAUGACUUCCAAUUUUAUAAAAACUAUAGUAUAAUGAAAUUCAAAAAUAUUCCCGAGUAUAUUGAAGAAAUUGAGAAAAUGAAAACUACUGACCCGCCACAAGCUUACGGUCUACACACAAAUGCUGAUAUUACUUAUCAAAGAAAUAUAACCCAAGAGUUACUGGACACAAUACUAUCGAUCCAACCGAAAGAGUCUAGUUCAAGCGGCGGCGAGACUCGCGAGGCAUCCGUGUAUAGACAAAGCAAAGAGAUGCUGGAGAAAGUACCGCCAAAUUUCGAUCCGCAUGAAGUAAAAGAAAGAUUACGAUACUACGGCAUAUUGAAUUCCAUGGUGAUAUUCUUGAGGCAGGAAAUUGAUAGAAUGCAGAAAGUAAUAUCUCUAGUGAGAAGUACUCUUAAAGAUUUACUGCUUGCGAUAGACGGAACAAUUAUUAUGAAUGAGGCACUCCGAGACUCCCUCGACAACAUCUACGACGCGAAGGCGCCCAGCAUCUGGCAGAAGGCGUCGUGGUCGUCGUCCACGCUCGGCUUCUGGUUCACAGAGUUCCUCGAGCGCAACCUCCAGUUCUCCACGUGGUGCUUCCAAGCGCGCCCCCACUCCUUUUGGAUGACCGGCUUUUUUAAUCCUCAAGGGUUUCUAACGGCCAUGCGACAAGAAGUGACGAGAGCUCACAAGGGAUGGGCCCUGGAUAUGGUCUCGUUGCAUAAUGACGUGACUAAAUCCACAUACGAAGAAAUUAAAGCACCUCCAGCUGAGGGUGUAUUUGUGCACGGUUUGUUCGUCGACGGCGCUGGCUGGGACCGGCGCAACCAGCGUCUGUGCGAGUCCACACUGAAAGUCUUAUACACCGCCUUACCCGUAGUUCAUAUCUACGCUAUCAAUUCUACUGCACCUAAAGAUCCUAAGCUUUAUCAGUGUCCUGUGUAUAAGAAACCACGUCGCACAGAUUUAACUUUUAUUACACCACUAUGGUUGCCUACACUUAAAAAUCCCGAUCACUGGAUCCUCAGAGGAGUUGCUAUUUUAUGCGACAUUAAA